AUGAGUGGAAGCAGUGGAUGGACCCACGCGCGUGCGCGCACACCUUUGGAGACAAAAUAAUCGGAAAGGGAUUCACGCCGAAGUUUUUUAAAUCUCCCCCCACCACCCGAACACGCGCGCGCGCAUGCACACACCCUCCUCCCUCCCUCCCUCUUUCUCUCAUACUCCCCCCCCCUUGCACACACACACACAUUUAUGAGACCGCCCACCGCAGAACUAAGACCCCAUUCGAUUUAAAGCGAGACAGCAUUCAGAGGCUGACAUUCAUUCAAUAGAUCGAGCGGUCAUAAGCAGGCUGUGCGACGGGCGUGCUCGCUCUUUCUUUCCCUCGCCUGACUCUUGCCACUCGAGGCUGCGUUUCUUCUCUUUCACUGGAGGGAAAAGUAAUUUAAGGAUGUUAAACCAGAGAAUCUUUCCGGGCAUGGUUUUAUUCCUGAUGUUUUUCUGUCACUUCAUAGAAGAUCAAACAGCACAAGCUGGGAAUUGCUGGCUCCGGCAAGCCAGGAACGGUCGCUGCCAGGUCCUCUACAAAAACGGUCUCAGCAAGGAAGAGUGCUGCAAAACAGGGAGGCUCACCACUGCCUGGACGGAGGAGGAUGUCAGCGACCACGUGCUUUUCAAGUGGAUGAUUUUUAGCGGAGGGGCCCCCAACUGCAUCCCCUGCAAAGAAACCUGUGAGAAUGUGGACUGUGGACCUGGGAAGAAAUGUAAAAUGAACAAGAAGAACAAACCUCGGUGUGUCUGUGCUCCAGAUUGCUCAAAUAUCACAUGGAAGGGACCUGUGUGUGGCUUGGAUGGGAAAACCUACAAGAAUGAGUGUGCCCUUCUGAAAGCCAAAUGUAAAGAACAACCAGACCUUGAAAUCCAGUAUCAGGGCAAAUGCAAAAAGACAUGUAGAGAUGUAUUAUGCCCAGGCAGUUCCACAUGCGUGGUUGAUCAAAAUAAUAAUGCCAACUGUGUGACAUGCAAUCGGAUUUGCCCCGAGCCAACUCUACCCGAACAGUAUCUCUGCGGGAAUGAUGGAAUAACAUAUGCAAGUGCCUGCCAUCUAAGAAAAGCUACUUGCCUGCUUGGAAGAUCCAUUGGCCUAGCCUAUGAAGGAAAAUGUGUCAAAGCCAAAUCUUGUGAAGACAUCCAGUGCAGCACUGGGAAGAAAUGCUUGUGGGAUUCCAGAGUGGGCAGAGGACGGUGUGCCCUUUGUGAUGAGCUAUGUCCAGAAAGCAAAUCAGACGAAGCUGUCUGUGCCAGUGAUAACACCACUUAUCCAAGUGAGUGUGCCAUGAAGGAAGCAGCCUGUUCCCUGGGUGUGCUAUUGGAAGUAAAACACCCAGGAUCUUGCAACUGAAUCUGCCAAAUAAACCUGAGCCAUUGAGUCUCCAGAACUUGCUGCAGUUAUGACUUCAUAGAUUAUGUAACACACACUUUACACAUACAUGCAAAAAGACAAACAAACAAACCAAAACCCACAAUCAACUUUAUUAUAUAACCACAGGUGCCAAAGUGCAUCUCACUGCAAUCUACGCUUUAAAAAACAUGCCACAUCCUAUUUUGGCUAUGCAGGGGGCUUUGAAAACAUGCACAGACAGCUUCUGCGCUUUGUCAUCCGUAUUUAAACAAGAGCUCCCCUGUAUUCUCCUAUCUAGCCAUCAAUGAAGAGCCCGAGGAAGAGGAUGAAGAGGAUGACCAGGACUACAGCUUUCCUAUAUCUUCCAUUCUAGAGUGGUAAAAAUUUCCAUCACUUUUGAAACAGCCAUUGGGCAAGGCAAUGUCCAUACUGUACAUAAGUGUAUGCUUAUUUAUUUGGGGAAGAAAGAAGUAUACAUAUAGUUGAAUCUUGUAGACAUUUAUUUAUACUGUGUCAUGUUUUAUAAUUUAUACAUUAAAGAAGUCUGAUUGACUGUACACCUUUUUUUUUUUAAGAAGAAGAAGAAGAAAUGUAAUCGUUAUGGGAUGAGCUGUGUUAUUUAUUGUGAGGUCUCUUGCUUGUAAAGUAAAGCUUUUUUUCUUGUAAACUAUAAAUCCAUUCCUUAGAGCCUAACCCUCCUCCCCAAUUACAAUUUUCAGCUCCUUAUUUCUGCCAAUGUUAACUCUUUUCCAUUUUAACAAAACUUUGCAUGACAGUUUCAGUUACAUUUUCUAUUUAUUGUGUUUCCUUCUUGCCAAUUCUGUAUAUAAAUACAUGAUCCCUCGGAUAUUUGUUUACAAGGAAUCUUGACUGACCAAAAGGCGCUGUAAACUGAGUUAAGUAUAUAUUUGAGGUGGAAAGAGGGAAAGCUUUAACAAAACCUCUUUCCCUGGCUAUGUUCUCUGAUUGUAUCAUGUAGUAAUGGGAUCUCAAAAUCCCGAACGUUUAUAUUGUACUAUGAUAAUUCAAACCCAAAGAUCGGAUUAUGAAGGGUUUUUUAGUUGCUAUGUGGCUAAAUGUAAAGAAAGCAUUAUUUUCUUUUUUUAAGAAAAAGAAGAAAAAUGAAAAUACAUUGUCAUGAACAUCAAUGUUUUAUUAGAUCUGUCCUCGCAGAUGGUCCUGCGUUCCAUUUUUUUGACAUUCUUUUUGUUUCACAUUCAAAAUGUUAACAGAAUAUUAUAUCAAAGCUUUAUCAGUUCAAGUUUCUUGCUUUUCAUAAUACUUUCUUUUUCUGAGGCAAUUUUAUAUUUUCAAACAUGACAAGUUAAAUAUAAAUUCAUUUAAAUAUAUAGUUUUGUACUUUUCUACCAUGUAAAUGUGCAAUGUAUAUAAAAGUUAUAAUGUGUAUUUGUAAAUAAUUAUGAGUGAAAAAAAUAAAAAAUGGAUAUCCUUUCCCCCAAA